AGAUAGGGAAAAAGAUGAAGAAUUAGAAUUAAAUAAAAAUGAAAACAAGAAAAAAUUUAAAAAUGAUGAUAAACAAAAAAAUAGAGAAAAUAUUAUUAAUUAACGAUCCGUUUAAAAUCGGCACGGUUUUACGAUCAUUUUAUAAUAAAUUGCGGGGUUAAUAACGAUAAUAAAAAAAAGCCAUUUUUAAAUCUAACGCGUGUAACAAAAUUCCACCCCACUACAUAAUGAAAACACACUACCCAGUAAUUAUUUCUCUUGUUUCGCCAGGAAUACUUGUUGAGAGACUUCAUUAUGGCCCAUAUUCACACUAUUGGUGGCAACUUUCACCUCUUUUACCUGCUGAAUCUAAAAAAGAUGAGAAAAAUACAUAUUUUCCCAUUCGUGUGAACCAAAAAACCAAGGCAACUCUUAACAACCAUGAAUUUACUACAACAAUAGUUGUUGGCAACAAAGAUAACAAUAAUUUUUUACCAGGUUAUGUGUGUCAAUGUGAAGCUAUUGUAGAAAUUGCAAAUGAUCCAACUACUGCUAUUUCUGAAGUUUAUUCUAAAGUUUUUGCAACAGAAACACGCUAUUCUGGUCUAUUAAUUAUGGGAUGGAACAAUGAAAAUAUAAUAAAAGAACUGUGUGAUGAUGUUUCUUUUAUUUCUCAAUCGUUUUUACUUGACAAAAUCAAAAUAUUUGUUUAUGGAACGGGAUAUUCAUCACACACAGAUUGGUUUCAUGCUGGACCAGGAUAUAAAUCUUCUCUUCUUUAUAAAUUCAAUGAAAAUAAACAGGCAUUAUUUGUUUCCAAAAUUGAAGAAGACUUUUCGUGUAUUCUCAAAAUUUAUCAAGAUCAAAUACUCAAAAGUACAAUUAAAGGCAAAAAUCCAAUUGAUGUAUGGAAAACUUUGGGUUUGAUAAAAAAAUUCAAUGGAAAUCAACUUUUUGGCGUUGAAAAUUAUGUAAUACAGUCUCUAAAUAAAAAGCAAAAAGUGCUAACUUGUUCACCUCAAGAAUGGAAAAAUCCCUCUAUUAUGGAAUCACUUUUUGAUUUUCACCUAAAACGAAGAACAACAAUUAUGUAUACUGAAAAUUAUAAAUUCAAUAUACGAGAAUUGAGAGCAUGGAAUGCUUUUCUUCAUGCAGUUGGCGCUCAUAAUGUAACUCCUUGGUCAAAUGAUGAUGAAUGUCAGUUUCAAUUUUGGUCAAAAUCCAGCCAUCCAGAAUAA